AUGGAUCCUCGCAUCGAGGAUGGGAUUGUCUUCAAGCUUUCCGGGGCCUACAGUGACGACACGUGCGUGGUCAAGUUCAAGCCGGUCGACAUGCAGCCGACCGACUUUAUCGUGCGUCGCGUGACGUCGGAUCAGGUCAUCCCGCGGUGGCAGCUCAUGGUCAGCACACGGAAUGGUGUUGUGCCCUUCCAGGCGCAUGCUGAAGAAGGUGGUGUCUUUGUACCACAUCGCGACGAGUACACGCCCCAACUCACAUCCCAUGUGGUGGUCGAGCCCCCACGGUUGAACAGUAAAGGGCGAUCGAGUGUGUAG